AUGUUUCUAGAGAACCACCAAAUAAGGAAGAGGAUGAGGCUGAAGUGGCUACCCCUCCUGACUCUGACCACAUGUCUUUUCCCCAUCAUUACCAUGGCGUCUGCUUCGCGCUGGUCGACACGUCGUUCUCAUAGACCUGCCCCGGCUGGUGAGUGUCUCCGCGGUAACGGGAGAGAUUACAGGGGCACGGUGUCAGAGACAGAGAGAGGACACACCUGUGUGCAGUGGAGCUGGGUGGACCGCCCUGGCUCAUAUAGAUAUGGAAAGCACAAUUACUGCAGGAAUCCAGAUGACAGGAGCAGACCGUGGUGCUGGGUGGUCAAUGGCAAUGAGCUAAAGCGGGAAUUCUGUAAUAUUCCACAGUGCAACCCGGAACCCGUCCCGAAAAAAACUGCCAUGGAUGAUGGGUUACCGAUCUUUCCGCCUGCAGAGACCACAUGUGGGGAGCGACGUCUGCCCACGCGCAGAAAGAUCGUCGGAGGAUCGGUGUCGUCUGUGGAGACCCAGCCGUGGAUCGCGUCAGUUUUCCACAGGCGUUCCUUCCUCUGCGGCGGGAGCCUGAUAGCACCGUGUUGGGUCCUCAGUGCAGCUCACUGUUUCUCUGAAGGACGAACCAUGAAAAAAACCCGACAUCUCUCUGUGUCUUUGGGGAAGGACUACAUCAAUCAGACGGAACACAGCAAAGAACAGCAUUUCAAAGUGGAGCAGCUCAUUAUUCAUGAAGACUACAACUCUGAAAAAGAUUUUAACAAUGAUAUGGCUCUGCUGAAGAUCAUUGGUGAAGACGGUCAGUGCGCGGUGAAGACCAGAUCAGUGAGGACGGUCUGUCUGCCUCCAGAGAACCAGAUGCUACCCCCUGGUCUCUACUGCGACGUUGCUGGCUAUGGGAAAGAACGAUGGGGUGGGGGGUACUCCAAGGUUCUGAAAAAGACUCAAGUGAAGCUGAUCUCACAGCCAGUUUGUGAGCGCAACGAUUACUAUGGCGACAAGAUAACCGAAAACAUGUUCUGUGCGGGCAGUCCGGACUGGACGACUGACUCUUGUGAGGGCGACUCAGGAGGACCGCUGGUCUGUGAAGUUGGAAAUCGCAUGUUCCUCUUUGGCAUUGUGAGUUGGGGAGAGGGCUGCUCAAAGAAAUUUCGACCUGGAGUCUACACCAGAGUAACAAACUACAACCGCUGGAUCGCCCUUCACACGGGCUUGCCCUCAUUCACCGCAGGCUCCAUGUACCCAGAGAAGUGA